AUGGCUCCAUCAGCAACCCAAGAUCUUGCCAUUCACCCCUCAAGCGCGACCAAAGAUCUUGCUGCUCCUUCCAAAGCUACCUUACCUCUUCCCUCAAAUGCAAGAGCAAGAUUAGAAAAAGCCGGAAUCGAUCUCUCAGACGGAUAUCCUACUCGUCCAGGUCGUCCCUUAUAUCUCCAAGACGUCCUCGCUAUCCGCAACACACCACGAGAGCACCACGAUGCUGGAUCCCGGGCUGAUAAAUCAAAGAAGAAUUUGUUUGAUGCUAUCCACAAGAAUAACGGAAAGAUAAUUGACUUGACCAAAAACAUCGGAACCGAAAUAAGUGGUAUUCGUCUCGAUGAGUUGACGGAUGAGCAGAAAGAUGAAUUGGCAUUGUUGGUUGCAGAGAGAAGUGUGGUCUUUUUGAGGGGUCAAGAAGGACUGAGUCCAAAAGUACAAAGAGAUUUGGGAACUUGGUGGGGUGAAGUUGAGGUUCAUCCGCAAGUUCCUCAUGUGCCAGGACUUCCUGGUGUGACGGUGAUGUCGCCUGCCUUGCAAGCCAGUGAAACCUCGAGAAAACCUGAUUUCAGAAAUCCAGGAGGUGCGAGUCGAUGGCAUUCAGAUUUGGUGCACGAGCUUCAUCCCGCAGGAAUAACCCACAUACACAAUGAUACCGUUCCAGAAGUCGGAGGCGACACACUUUGGGCAUCGGGAUAUGCAGCUUACAGUAAACUUUCUCCUGAAUUCCGCAAAAUCAUUGAUGGGAGACAGGCCAUUUAUGUUUCGGCGCAUACAUACCUCGAUCGAGAUGAUCCGACUGCUGGACCAAAACAUAUUGAACGAGUUCAUCCUAUUGUGCGUGUACAUCCAGUGACAGGAUGGAAAACAUUGUGGGUGAACAGGGCAAUGACAAAAUCGAUUGUCGGAUUGGACAAGGCGGAGAGUGAUUUGAUUUUGGGAUAUUUGUACGAUGUUUUUGAAAAGAAUGUAGAUAUCCAGGUCAGAGUCAGAUGGACUGCUGGGACGAGUGCUAUUUGGGAUAACAGAAGUACGAUUCAUAACGCGAGCUGGGAUUAUGAGGGAACUGAAGAGAGACAUGGGACGAGAGUUACUAGCUUGGCAGAAAAGCCUUACUAUGAAGAGGGAGCAAAGUCUAGAAGGGAGGCUUUGGGAUUGAAUGAUGAUUAG